GAGCGCCCGCUUUGAACGGUCUGGCGGGGCAGGCGAGUGUAGGUGAGGGUCGCCGGCUCCGGCUGUUUGCUUGCCUCCCCUGCCGACCCGAGAGAGCGUGGGAGCCGCCUCAGCUCCUAGACCAGCCCCGGGAGAAAACUUGCUCGCUCUCCGCGCACCGAAGCACAGCGAUCACACCCCGUCAGUGACGACGACAUGGAAGUGUUACCCACGGUCAUGUUCAUCUGCGAGCUGCUCUGCCUCGUGGGACGCUGCAUCGUGUCCGUGUUGGUCUACGUGGCACGUCUCGCCUUUCCCGGGCCCAGGAAGUCCAUUCGGGACAACAUUGUGCUCGUCACCGGUGCAGGCCACGGCUUGGGACGGGAGAUUGCUCUCAAGUGCGCUUCGCUAGGUGCUACACUUGUGCUACUCGACAUAAACAAGGAGAACAACGACAGCGUGUGCGAGGAACUGCGGCAGCUGGGCCACACGGCGCACGCGUUCCAGUGUGACGUCACGUCGGAGGAGCAAGUCGAGGCCGUGGGCAACCGCGUGCUCGGCGCCGUGGGCCGAGUGGACGUGCUGGUGAACAACGCCGGCGUGGCCAUGAGCAAGGGCCUGCUCGCCCUCAAGCACAGCCAGAUUAGACGUACCUUCGAAGUGAACACGCUGUCCCAGUUUUGGAUGGUGAAACACUUCCUUCCGUCCAUGAAAGAAAGGGGAGAGGGUCACAUCGUCUCCAUCGCGUCGGCGGCAGGCCUCAUGGGCUCGCCUUUCAUGACGGACUACUGCGCUUCCAAGUUCGCUGUCCUUGGCUUCAUGUACGCCCUGGAGGAAGAGCUCUACCAGACGGGCGUCGAGAACAUCAAGUUGACCACCGUCUGCCCGCUCUUCAUCAACACGGGACUCUUUAGCAACGUUGCAGCGAGGUUCCCCGUGCUAACGCCGAUCAUGGACACGAAAUCGGUGGCUUCCGUCAUCGUGGACGCCAUCCUGCGAGAAGAGGCCCUGAUCGUGGUCCCUAGGAUAAUCGAAGUGAUGUACAAGCUUCUCAAGCCCUUGCCCGAGGACGCCCAGAGGGCGAUCCAGCGAUUUCUGGCGUGCUCCAUCCAACAACCGAAAGCAUGAUGGCGUCUCGACCUAAGUGGUGCACGGCCCGGUGGGCCCUGGUUGACAUCUAUAAAUUCCGCCGAGUCAUGGCGCGGUGGGACCACAUCUGCCACGGCAUGCACCCGCCUGGCCGACAAGCCUUUGCCGCACCUCCGACUCUCUGGACACGAACAGUCGGAACUGCUGCGUCGUAGCUAUGGCGUCGUGCGUCUUUGUGGCGGUGGUACACACCUAUCGUAGCGAUGGUACUGGUGGGGACGGGGAAUUAGCGAUAUCAUCGGGGUGCAAGAGCUGUGACUGCUGCCGCCGAAUCCUGCAGUCGGAUAUCCAUACUUCUGGUAGUUAUUAGGGACAGACGUGAACGAUUUGUAUUCGCUGGAAUCGCUUGGGAAUCUUCGGAGUACCGCAAUCGGACCUUAUACCGGCACUUCCUGGGAUAGAGAGUUUGUGGAUGCGGGAUAUGUUUUGAAUACGGGAUGACACCAAUUCGAAUCAUGCUGGGUUCUAUUUUUACGCUCCAAACCAACGAAGGGCAUCUGGCACGCCCCAGCGGAGGACUGUGGAUUCGUUUUGACCACUUGGAAAUCUUUACAGUUGCAAGCGAAAUGUCGAUUACAGGGCGUAUUCUCCCUCAACAGGCCUCUGUCAGAUUGCUGAUGCCUCGGCCGGUAUUCGAACCUGCUUCCUGGGGAACCGCGUAAGCUGGCGCUUUGCCUAACUUUUAACAACUCGUGACGUCAAGCGUCUCGUGAUGUGACGGGUUGUUUUCACUAGGAACGUCAAGCAGUCCCGUUCGCCAUAUCUCCAUCAGCGUGUAAACGAAUACUAGCAGAUUGCAAAGUCCUGAGUGCUGAUUGAGGAAUGUGAACAAACGUCGCGGGUUUGAUCAAAUGUUAAGUACGAUAUGCCUGUAACACGCCAUUUUAUACGGCGCUCUCAACAAUACGGGAUCGUUAUGACGUCAUGACAUGUAAUGUGAUGAAAGGGUUUGUUAUAGGAGGUGUAAAAAAAAAAACGUGUCCCCCAUAUCAUUUCUGAGCGGUGUAGCCGGUACGUCCGAUAGUGUCCUCCUAUGUUUCAUAAACAGCUUUCGAGCGGCGACUAAACGAAAUCUAGAACCAACAGCAGAAACGCACAACGUCCCAAAAAUUUCACCAAGCACUUUCAACGCAAAUAUUUCUUGUCUUCUGGUUUAGGAGCGCUCAACACGACCAAAUUAGCGCAUGUUUAUUCCAUGUAAUCUUGAGCCUCGUUCAAAAACUCGCUAGCAUCACGAACUAGUUAAUGACACUUCGCUUUUACAUAGAACUUCUCGGCAAUACUUGACGGCGACUUGCUGGUGGCGCGGUUAGGAGUAGAAAUGGCUGUAGCACGCGUACACGACGCAUUCUCCUCAUUACGCCAUUAAUCCCACACUCAAAACAAACAAAAAAAAAAGGACGUGAGUUCGUUUUUCUGCGGGUCAAGGAGACAGCCACUCCCGGCGCGCAAUGAAAAGAUUCCAGCAAAUGACGAAACUCAAUAUACAAUUCGAUUAAAAAAAAGUAUGCAAUGUGUGUAGAAACAAUGAACUAUUCAACGUGUUGUGUUUGUCCCCUUUUUGUAGCCUCCGGCUUAGGUUUUAAAGAUGUUUAUAGCCAUCGUCCCUGCGCUAGGUGGCGCAUGUUACCGCCCGUUAUAAAAAGUACAGCCGUUAGCAUCCAUCUACCCAUCAGAUUUUUUUUUGUCGUAUAUCGAGUUUUUCUUUUUUUUUUUUUCUUGUUGGAAUUUUUUUAAUUUUUCGCCGUCAUCGGCUGUGUCCGAGUUGCACUAAAAAAAGAACUCAAAGCUUUUUUUUUUUUUUUUUAAAGUGUAGCUUUGAAGCGUCUUGGUGGAAAAUGCCCCAAACACUCGUGUGGAUGGAAAGGGAGAUGCUGCGGUACUCGGUAGAAUCCCCGAGCGAUUCCAGUAUUUAUGACUGUGCAGGCUUGCCAUUUUCGAGCACCUGGUGGUGAGUGAAACUGCUGCGUGUGGACAAUAAUCAGGGUCAAACGGGAGAGCUCAGAUUUACACGUUGCCAGACUUUGAAACUGACUUUUGUAAUCAGAAAAGUGUCAGUUUUCGUACGAUGUCUUUUUGUUUACUUGGGGGGCGAACCUUGUUCCGGCGAAUCUGUUCCUAAGGGAACCCAAAUUCGGAGCCGCGGAGGUGGAAUAUAAGUGUUAGACUAAGUAACAUUUCGCGGAAACAUAGAAAUGUAAAAUAAAACGUAUACAGUUAUCAGUU